UUUAGGUUAUACACAAACCGAAACAAUAUAUUUGUGCAUUGAAAAAACUACUAUAAAAUUUUGUGCAAUAAAACAUAAUUUGUGACACUAGCGUAUUUGUGUUUGCCAAUUUACUAGCAUUGAAUUUGAUAGAUUUGAAAUUCAAGAGAUCUCAAAAUGAAUCGUAAAGAGGCAUUGUCUACAUUUAUCCAACAGAUUCAUGGCCGACCUGUUGUUGUGAAAUUAAAUAGCGGUGUGGAUUAUAGAGGUGUUCUAGCAUGUUUGGAUGGAUAUAUGAAUAUUGCAUUAGAACAGACUGAGGAGUAUGUGAAUGGCCAAUUAAAAAAUAAAUAUGGGGAUGCGUUCAUAAGAGGAAAUAAUGUACUUUAUAUAAGUACACAAAAACGUAGAAUAUAGAUAUUUUAAUGUAUAUUUAUGUAAACAAAUCAAGGAAUUAUUUUUUAUUUUA